AUGGAAACGGGGUUGGGAGAUGUCUAUGAAGAGCCAAGUGCGGUUGACGACGGCGAGCCGUCUCAGGCGUCCAAUGGGCGAGAUUCUGGCAUCGCCCCCGGUGGUCUAGCAGCCCUUAUGGAUCGAGUGGAUGCACAACUAAGCGUGGACCAAAGCUUUCCGGACGUCGAUCCAAACAUCUAUGGCGGCGAAGGCAUGGGGGGUGGGGGGCCUGUGUCGAGUGACGACGUGUAUGACGGCGGAGAGGAGCAAUACGGUGGUGUAGAAUCGAACACCGAACAGCGUCGACAGCAUCUCGAGCCGCCAAUUGAGUCAGACAGUCAUAGCAGCGCUGAAGCAGUGCGUAGGCUGGAAAACCUUCACACCCAUGCCCCGUCUUAUGCUGCGAGCUCGACGAUGGAGGACGGCCCUGAAAACCAUAGGCACGACACGAAUGCAGAAGAAUCUGAUUUCUUUCCGUUCCGUACGAAGGAACAGCAGCUGAUAUGGAUAUGGCAGCACACGCACCAGAUUUCGCAAAAAGCCUUAGGCGGGCUGCUGGACAUACUCCUUCUCGAGGACGAGGGCAACGGUUUCGACGUGAGGGGACUGGAACGUGUUAACGCUGCGCACUUCAACAACCGCAUGCGGCAAUACCUUCCUCUUCUACGGGUUCUCGAGCGAAAUGUCCCGUCAACACAAGAAGGGAAGAGCUCUGCGGUGGUGUAUGACGUACCUGUGAACCUGCUUCUCGCUCGCGACAUGAAGCUGGUCUCGGAGACAGCACUCUCAGAAACCUACGCGGCGGGGAAAAUUUUGCGCGGAGAGGAGGCCGCCGCCAACUCGUUGAUGAGCGACCAUGUCAAUUGUAUCCCGACCAAGCUGGUCGACAACGCGAGGGAGUCCAACAUGAACGGUACGCUGUCGAGUACGUCCCCAUUCAUGGGGCUUGAUGGCAUACAGAGCAGCGUUUGUGGGAGAAAAGUGUACGUACACGACAUAUGCAUUUGCGAAACCGCUGGCACGCCUUCUUCCUGUCGUCUCCUCGAGCUCUUCUGGGACACUGCAAGCGGCGAAGUAGUUGCAACUGUUAGGGGGUUUCGGCCAGUAGCGGUGGUGCGAAAUGUGGGGCAGGCGGAGAUGCGAGGAAGACGUGUGCGAGUCUGGGAAACUGUACUGCUGGAGCGGAAACGCAGCUCAAUGUUGCCGGCGACCUGGGCCUGGCGGAGAUCUACACGGCCGACGAGAUGGAAGCUGACAAGCACGAUGGGUUCGUGGUCCAAGCUCGAGCAAAACGGCGCGUACGAGGUGACCCACGCGCCUUGGUGCAAGGAAGGGACCUCUGAAGACCCACUGUUCGUCUUGAGGAGGGAAGGCUUCCAUCUCAACACCGACAACCUCGUUUUUAUUUCAGCCCCUGUCGCUUGCUACAACGACGCCUUCAACUGCUUUGGCAUGGGAAACAAGCAUUCCGUAGGUGGCACAUACUUCGGUUGGCCGUGGAGGAGCCAGGCGGUGCAGAGACUGAGGCGACAGACGCACGUCGGAACCCUUGCUAGCACCGGAGCUUCUUG